AUGUUACUGCCCCAUAAAGUGCAGAUAGAGCUGUGCCUGUCUGUAGGUUACUCCACGGCAGCGGGGGUGGUUUGCGACAUCGAUGUGUCUGAUGCCGGCUACGAAGAUGUCUACUUCGAGACGGAGAACCGAAACGGAACCUCGAAGUUCGAGCGGUCGGAGGCAGUUGCGCCUGUCAUCGUCGAGGUGGGAAACGGCACGUUCUGGAGCCCGGACCUGGAGCCCGUCGACCCGCAGGAUCGAGACGAGAUGCCCGAAAAUGUCGGGCUGGAUCAGCUGAGGAUCAGCAUUGCCAACUUGUUUCGGAUCUUUCCGCCAUUCGAGCUAGAGGUCACGGAGGGCAACAGCUCGGAAGUCUCGGAUGACCCGCCGAUCGCCGAAGCCAACGCCACACUCGGGCCUGCAGCCACCAGCGUCCUGCAGCAAGGCUCGCAGAUAACGGACGAAGAUUGCUUCGACGCAGUUCCCGGUGCCGUGCUGCGGAAGCACUCGUUCUGGCUGACCAUCGCCUUCUCCGGCAGGAAGUGCAAGUGCCCGCGUGGCACGGUGCUGAGCGGACAGAGCAGCCGCUGCCGAUCCAGCAAGUACGCCGAGGAUCGGCGGAAGUUUGAUCCUGAUGAACUGUCUGGAAGGAGAUGCUACUGCCAAUUGGAGGACGAGGUUCGUGAGAAUAUACCGCCAUCUUGUGCUGACAAGUUUCCCACCGGCUUCAAAGACCGCUAUUAUCGACGGCAGACGUGUCACGACCUCAAGCAGCAGUGCCACAAGAGGGGCGUCUACGAGGUUUGCCCAAAGACCUGCCGCACCACUUGCCUCCUCGACGGGGAUGGAGAUGAGGAGACGAAGGAGAUGGUGAAGCCUGAGGAGCCGUGGAAAAGAGAGGUUGCGAAAACCGCAGUCAAGGCACAGGCCUACACGAGCAAAGCCAUUCGAGCGAUGGGACGGCACAGAGGCGGCAGACUGAUUCGGAAGUGGUUUGGUGACAGCGACGAGUGGACCCGGGAGAAGGUUCUCCGUGUCCUGAACGGCAUCCACCGCCUCCUUUCCAACGUCGACUUCACGUAUCCCGGGCGCAGCUGCGAUGCGAACGACUUCGCAUACGUUUAUGCGAAGCCGCCAGGGAAUCGGAAUCGUCGCGGCCGCUAUGAUCCUUGGAUUGAAAGGGAUGGGAAUUGUCGGGCCAUGUCCCGGAUGCAGCACCACAAGGAGAGCGACAUAGGAGGCUGCACCAAAAGCAUCUCAACACCAAGCAGCGAGGAGGAGGAGGAGGAGGAGGAGGAGGAGGAGGAGGAGGAGGAGGAGGAGGAGGAGGAGGAGGAGGAAGAACCGGUUUUAGAUGGAUAUCACAGCAGCCGCAGCAUUCGAAACACACCCUACGUGUUCACGAAAGACAGGUUGCAGCAAGCAGAUGGAGAUGUUCGGACCACUUGCCCCAGUACUCAAAUGGGUGUGCAGACCAGGGAGGGUGGGCCACGUGACGCCGUCAAGCGCUCAAAGCCCGACACGCCCGCUCGUACCACUUGGCAACUGUAG